GUUUGCAUGCCUCGAUCCUCGUUCAUUAGAUAAAUCUUGCUCACGUGCUUAUCGUAAACCUCCAGAAGAGUUACAACUGGAGUUUGACUUAUUCACUUGCAAAGAGACGUUUAAAUUUGCAAGUGAUGUGACAAUGUUUCGGGAUAGUAAUGAAUUAUCAGAUCAUGGUGCUUUUGGUGGUAUUUUAUUAAUAGUUUUAAGUUGGGUUUACAGAUUUCAACAGUGA